CAGAAACAGUAGAAGAAGAGGAGGAGGCACAAUAGGAAUAUCCUGAGGCUGGAAGAUCUGGAGCAGGCAGUUUUGCGCCCGUUGUUCCUAAUGCGUCCAGUAGGGGGAGACUGUACAGUGUAAAUCAUCAGUGCAGAUUUAAUAACAGAACAAAUCUAAAAGCGACACGAAUAAGGAUGUAUGUUAAAUAAUCUGCUCAGGUUUUUGUUGUUCUUUCUGGGUGGGCCGUGUAUCUGCCUGUUCCAGGUCUACACCCUCUCCAUACAGUGGAGCCACGUGUGUGUGAGACGCAGCUCAAGCUCACACUCAGCCUUGUCCAUGUGGAGAGAGGAUUUGAUUUGAAAGGAGGAAUGAUAGACAGUAAUCUCUUCUCUUCUACACCAGGUGGCUGGCAUGUGUAAUCCGUGCACAGAAGUGUACAUGCAUCAUAACCACGAAGACACACCAGCUCCUAGGACACGACUAAACAAUGGAGACUCAAGAGGGAGCACCUCGAGACCGUUGGCAUUUUGUAGGAAUUAUUUUCUUUAUCCUUGGACUGGGAACACUGCUGCCAUGGAAUUUUUUCAUGACUGCUUCAUUGUACUUCAAUAACAGGCUGAACACGUCUGAAUGGAGCAAUGGCACAAUGACGUCCACAAAGGAGUAUUAUUUCAACAACUGGAUGACUCUGCUUUCCCAGCUGCCCCUGCUGCUCUUCACCCUUCUCAACUCCAUCCUCUACCCACGGAUCUCCGAGAAGAUACGGAUAGCAGGUAGCCAGGUCUUCAUCCUCAUCCUCUUCAUCCUCACCGCCAUCCUGGUCAAGGUUCCAAUGGUGCAGGACCGCUUCUUCUCCAUCACCAUGGCAACCAUCUGGUUCAUAAAUUCAUUUGGCGCAGUGCUGCAGGGGAGCCUUUUCGGCCUGGUAGGCUUGCUACCGCAGAAAUACAGCACAUUUUUCAUGAGCGGACAAGGUCUGGCCGGGGCGUUCGCCGCUCUCGCCAUGCUGAUGGCCAUCGCAAGUGACACAAAUGCUGAAACUGCAGCUCUUGGAUAUUUCAUCACUCCGUGUGUGGGGACUCUGGUAACACUGAUCAGCUACCUGCUGCUGCCCAAACUGGAGUUUGCCAGAUUUUACCGAAACAAGAGCAAAGGUCAAAGCUAUGAGGUUGAUGCUUCUAGGGAGCUUCUACCUAAAGGCAUACAGGAGAAUGGGGAACCGAACAGUCAGGCCACUGAUUCGGUGCCCAAUGGAUCUCCCUGCAGUCCGGAGAGUGACGUUGCCAGGCAAGCAUUUGUUAGCAUUGACGCUGAGCAUGACAAGCAAGUAAAGAGCUCCGUGUUGGAAGUGUUAAAAAAGAUUUGGGUAAUGGCGUUCUGCAUAACAUCCGUGUUCACGGUCACACUCGCUGUCUUCCCCGCCGUCACAGUGGACGUGAAGACCGUUUACGAGGGAAAGUGGGAAAAUUAUUUUAUCCCUGUGUGCUGUUUCCUGCUAUUUAACGUGAUGGACUGGAUUGGAAGAUCCAUCACGUCUCAUGUGCGAUGGCCCUCUAAAGAGAGUCGGUUGUUUCCAGCGCUAGUGGUCUCCCGUGUGCUCUUCAUUCCUCUGCUGAUGUUCUGUAAUGUUCAGGAACGUCACUUCAUGCCUGUGCUCUUUGGCAACGACUGGUCCUUUGCCAUCAUCAUGGUUUUCUUCUCAGUGUCCAGCGGUUAUUGCGUCUGCCUGUCUAUGUCUUACGCACCACAGUUGGUGGCUUCACAAGAUGGAGAGACAGCAGGUGCUCUGAUGACGUUCUUCCUGGCACUGGGACUUUCUUUGGGAGCUGCUCUGUCUUUCUUGCUGCGAUUAAUCAUCUAGUCUAAUCUGCACACAUUUGAGGUUGCCAGGCCUGAUUUAUGCGAUUGCUUCCUGUUGGAUCCUUCACCCACACCAUCUGAGAGGUGUGCUCCGUUACCACAGGAAGCACUCGGGACAAAACGAGCUAAUCACUUUAUGUAGAAUAUUUUAGCAUUAUUUGUAAAAUAAUUUAGCGGAAGGACUGGAAGAAGAAGAAGAAAACUGGAUGUUGGCCAUUUUUAUUGCGAUCAUUUACUGUAGUUGUAUAUGUUUUAUUUUCCAAAAGGGAAAGGGUCUUUGACCGAACAAAAGUGAAUAGACACAGCAUAUUCUUGAAAAAUAACCCUCAAUUCACUUUAUACCAAAUACUGCUAGAGUAGUUAAAUGAAAUUGAUUGGCUCCUGAGUGGCAUAACAAAAAAGUGAUGGUGUUCCUCUCUCCUGUCAAAUUGUUAUUGUCUGCAGAAGAGGGUAGAUAGUGCCUUCCUUUGAGUGAGUUCAGGUGUCCUGUAACAUGGAAUGAGCAGCAUUCUGGUGGCUAGAUUCAUGCGACCAUGAGGAAGCAAGUGCUAGCAUUCGUCAUCCCUGGUUGUUAGCGGUUACAUAACAGACAGGAAAAUAGGCAGGGGGGAAAAACCCAAUAUACAAUUUUGCCACAGUAAUACAGGAGACACCUGAAAACUACUCUUUUUCCAUUUUAUUUAUUUUUCAGCUAAAGCAACAGUGGGUACGUCAAUGGAUGAAUGGAUGGGAGAAAGAAAGGGAAUCGGCAUGGUUGGAUGGAUGGUUGGGAGAAAGAAUGGGAAUCUGCACAGAUGUAUUGGGGAAAAAGAAUGGAAAGGAGAUCGGCAUGGAUGAAUGGGAAUCAGCAUGGAUGGGAGAAAGAAAGGGAAUCAUCAUGGAUGGCUGGAUGGACAAAUAGGAGACAAUGGAAAUUGGCAUGGAAGGAUGGAUGGGAGAAAAAUGGGAAUCGGCAUGGAUGGGAUUUUUUGGGGGGGGAUUUUAAGGAUUGAUUUUAAAGAUUUUGACUGCAGGACGUUUUAAAUAAUAUUGACUUAAAAGGCUCUAGAGUCUUCUAGAACUGACACAACAGCCAUGUACCUCCUUAUUAUGACCAGAGAUUUCCGUUUGUAUGCUGGCAGGAAAUAAAGGGUUAACCAGGGGUGGUUCCUUAACCAGCAGUGUAAAAAUAGAUGCUGAUUAUGUUAACUUGUAGCCAGUAAACAGUAGCUAAUCAGUAAUAACUAUAACCUCAGAAACAUUCACAUUUCACACCUCGUUUCAUUUCUAUGUAAAAAGGGAAAAAUGAUCAUACUGUGGGGUUUUGGUUUUCCAGACCACGGAGGGGAAAAAGGAAGAGAGAAAGGGAAGUUUUGUGCUUAUUAGUUAUAAGAAACUAUAUAUCACGUUUUAAACCUGGUUCUCAAUGUACACACACACACACACACACGUAAAAACAGUAGAUGAAGAACAUUUAGUAUAUUUCAUAAUGGCUAGAUAUCAGGCUAGAUAUUUAUUGGCUCAGUGUAAAACAUUUUGCAUACAUUUUAAGAUUUUGUUUAAGAUUUAUUAACACUUCGCUUUUUAUACAGAGAAUGACCGAAUUUUAAAACCAUUACCAAAUAUUAAAUAUAACAAAAGUGGAUUGUAAAGGAUUUUUUCUUUUUGGUCUACUUUAUACUUUAAAAUUCAUAUUCAGCAUAAACAUUUGUAACUGUACUCUAGUAAGGAAUAUGUUCUUAGAAUAAGGGAAAAGGUCAUUGCUUGGUUUAGAGAAAAUAUGUUUUCCAUUGAGGAAUUGUUUUGAUGCGUUUUUGAAGAUGGCGUGCAGUGACGCACACUUGCGUGAACGUUCCGAGCAAGAUGUUUCCUCAAACGGUUUCCUAUUUUCUCUGUGCUUGAAUUUUAGGUGGAGUAAAUUACAGGCUUUUACCGAAGCUGUUUUUCAGCUCUGACAGCUCGUCUGCGAGGUCAUUACAGAGUGUUACGACAGCUCUGCGAUUUGGCCCUGUUUUAUUUCGACUGGUUAAAAAGGGAGCAUGAGAGCUGAGGAGGACUUUUCUCAUUUCUUUACAUGCUUUUAUGCUGAAUCUCUGUUUCCAUGGCAGCAUUUAGAAGUGUAGAGGGAUCUGUUAGCACUCAGCGCUGUGCUGCAAAGUCUGUACGCUUGUGAAAGUCGUGUUUGGAGAGUAUAGGAAAACGUUUAAAGCCAUAUUGUUCUCACAGAUUAUGAAUUCGCUGACAGUUAAGAGUCAUCUGAUGUUAUUUUUAAGCAUUAGAAGUUUUUUUUUUUUUUUUUUUUUAAAUUGCAGUAAAUUUCAGUGUUUUAAUCCCAGAUAUGCCUGUGAAUACUGACCUGACAAGUUCAGUUACCUCUUUUCUGUCAUUUAUUUUAUUGUUAUUUUUAGUGUUCUAGUUAUGCAUUAUUAACCCUCCUAUUAUGUUAUUACACAUUUGACUCUUUUUCUCUCUGAACUUUUUUGACUUUCCUUUUAGGGUCAUGUGCUUAUAUAUGCAAAUAUGUCUUCUUAUGGCUUAUCUCGGACAAGGUUUACUGUUUGAAGCUGUUCCUUUGCGUGUAUUUAAACUGUGGAAGUCAUUUUGACACAUAACAUAAUGGAGGUAACUUUUUCCCCCAACAUAAUAGGAGGGUUAAAGAAGCCGUUUUUAAUGUUUAUAGUCCUUGGCUUUCUGGGAGGUGAAAUGUAUGUAACUGAAAACAUUAACAAACAUUGACAAAACAUUGACAAAAUAUGCCUCUUUUGAAACUGCAUAUGCCCCAUGAGUGUUUUUUGUGGUAGGCGGCGCUAAUUUCUGGUCAGGAAAAUAGUGAAUCCACUGCAUGACUAUUUGAAAUCAGUAUUUCUAGUUGUUUAAUAAACAUUACAAACGGCAGCUUUUAAUUAUUCUUUUGUUUUUAAAUCACAAUCACUUAUUUCCUAACCUUUUUUUCCUUUUACAGUCAGGGGUUGCCUAAUUUGACAGCUACAGUCCUCAUACACUUGUUCAUUAUUGUUUUUAAUCCGUUUUCUUCCCUUCCUUCUGUGUUUAAGCUUGACCAAUUUAAGUACUUUAUUUUAUUAACUUGUGUUUUUUUUUUGUUGGUUUAAACUUUAAACGAGGUGAAAAUGAAAGGACUAGGGUUCUCCUAGACCUGUACUAUAACAUGAGAGUAGUUAUAUCAUACACUUUCUGUCAAACUGUCAAUCAAAGUGUUGUGUGUGAUAAUUUAUGACCCUCUGUGCUUCCCUGACUGACAGGUCUGUAGGGGUGGUGAGGGGGGUAACCCUAUGGAGUUUAUCAGAUGAUCAAUCUGGCUCCUUUGUGUCUGGGGGUGUUGUGGAGAGGUGUGUGUUGGGGGGGAAUAGUCCCCCUCCCAACGAAAGGUGUUUAUGUUAAUGAGUUUGGUUUUUGGUGGGGUGAAAUACGUCUGAAAAGAAAUAAUGUUUUUAAUAUGGGGAUGUGUUUGUGGUACUUUGUGGCGUUAUUUCGUUUGUCUAAACACAUUGUUAGAAAAGCAUGAUGUUUGAAUGUGUACAUAUAUGAGUAGAAUAUUUGUUUUGUGAAAUAAAUGAAAACAAUUGUUGAUUAUGUUU